AUGGGUAAUGCAAUUAGAAAAUUUGACGCGGCGAUUAAGAGUCACAGAGAUUCAAUUUUGCGGAAAGGAGAAUCCCGUGUUCGUGGUUUUGGCUCCGCAGUAGACAGUGCCAAAAGGAGUAGGGCCAUGCCUAAUUCGGAAACAUCCCCUGUCCAUGGAUUCGAUUCGGCAGUGGACACGGUCGUAAGGAGUAGGGCUACGCCAAAUUGGGAAACAACCCCUGUACAUGGAUUUGGUUCCGCAGUGGACAGUGCCAUAAGGAGCAAGAGUGAGCCAAAUUUUGAAACAAUCCCUGUCCGUGGAUUUGGUUCUGCAGUGGACAGUGCCAUAAGGAGCAAGAGUGAGCCAAAUUUUGAAACAGUCCCUAUCCGUGGAUUUGGUUCUGCAGUGGACGGUGCCAUAAGGAGCAAGACUGAGCCAAAUUUUGAAACAUCUCACGCUGUUUAUAGUUAUGGUUGGGUAGUGGACAAUGCAAUUGGGAGUAAGAUUGCGCCAAAUCCCCCUCCUGUCCAUGGUUUCGCUUCGGAAGUGGAGCAUGCGAUUGGUAGUGACGUUGGUGGUGGUGAAGCUGAAAAUGAAAUUGAAGCGGUUACUGGUCACGAUCUGGGUCCCAAUAGAGAUGGGUAUUAUUCAGGGUCAUGGCAAAAGGGCGACAUUUUAGGGAAGGGCUCCUUCGGCACCGUCUACGAAGGCUUCACCGAUGAUGGAAACUUCUUUGCUGUAAAGGAAGUGUCUUUGCUGGAUCAUAGAAGCCAGGGCAGAGAGAGCAUUUUCCAACUUCGGCAGGAAAUAUCUCUUUUGAGUCAGUUCCGGCAUGACAACAUAGUUCAAUAUCUAGGCACAAACAAGGAUAAUGAUAAGCUGUAUAUCUUCCUCGAGCUUGUAACAAAAGGAUCAUUAGCAUUUCUCUACCAAAGGUAUUGUCUAGUGGACUCUCAAGUUUCUGCAUAUACAAGGCAAAUUUUAAGUGGCUUGAAGUAUCUUCAUGAUCGUAAUGUGGUUCACAGGGACAUCAAGUGUGCCAAUAUAUUGGUUGAUGCAAGUGGGUCAGUCAAGCUCGCAGAUUUUGGUUUGGCAAAGGUUGCCAAGUUGAAUGAUGUUAAAUCAGUCGGAGGCUCCCUGUACUGGAUGGCCCCUGAGGUUGUUACAAUGAGGAACCAUGGAUAUGGACUAGCAGCCGAUAUAUGGAGCUUAGGAUGUACGGUCUUGGAGAUGCUGACAAGGAAACCCCCUUACUCUCAUUUGGGAGAAUGUCUGCUGGAUGCACAAUUUCGAAUUGGCCGGGGUAAACUUCCACCUGUUCCGGAAUCGUUGUCAACAGAUGCCCGAGAUUUCAUUCUUACAUGUUUACAAGUUAACCCAAACAAACGCCCAACCGCUGCUCAACUAUUGGACCAUCCAUUUGUAAAUAUAAAGAUGUAG